AUUAAUUUUUUUAUGGAGGGAGUGACAUAUGAGUUCUUCGAUUUCCUUUCUUUUCUCCCUCUCCCUCUCCCUCUCCCUCUUGCUGUGCUGUUCAGUCUACCCAACAACGUGAAUUUCUAGGAUUUAAGGCUCCGCUGACGGCGAUAUCGGAUACCUCUUUAUUGGGGACAAGCUACUGAACACAAGAAUCUACAUAAUAUCUUCCUUUGCUGUUUCUAGCUUGGAAUUUUGUUGUCGGAGCUCUCUCUGGGCUGUGCUGGCUCAAUUCAAUUCCAAGCAACACCACCAACUCACUCAAAAACCUAUGGAACAAAUGACAAGGGAUCUCAAAUUCGAUGACUCUUCUUCCGAAGUCGCCAAUUCCAAUUCCAAUAUGGAUGCAAGCAUAUCAGAUGCAACAUCAUGUAUUUCAUCCACAAAAGAUGAAACAAAAAGCGUCAUAGAAAGCGAUAUAGAUCAUGAAUUUAUGGCAAUGGAUCAUGGCUUGAUUCCAACAACUGCUGGCUAUUAUGGAUAUUACUAUCCAGGUUAUGAAGGCUAUGUUGGAGGAUUGGGUGACCAAGGAUACCACGUGUGUUCUGAUGGUGCGAAACUUCAGCUCCCAGUCAUGCAGGCAGAUACUGGGUCUUUGAUCUAUUGUAUGCCAGGAGUUCAGCCAGGUUGCACUCUUUACAGCUGUUACUUACCUGUAACUAUGAUUGGUGUUGAGGGACAGUACAUAGGCCUACCAGCUGUUGAUUCACCUGGAUAUUUCACAUCUCCUUUCUCUUAUGAGGAGUUGGUGCCAGCAUCCUACCUGUGGGAUCCAUCUCUUUUUAUUGGGAACGGAGGAUAUGGUGGAAGUUUGCAACUUCCAGGCUCUAAGGUUAUCUCAUCUUUCUCUAAUCUCGCUUCCCACUCAAAAGACUUGCUGCCUUUACAUUUAGGCAAUCCAUUAGAUGUUUCAUCUGGCCAUUGUGUGAGCAGCAGAUUAAAAUCAGUUAGCAAGGGCUCAAGACAGACCUCAACUUUCCAGGGAGAUGAGCUGGACAAAGGUUAUCUUCCAUCUGUGAAGUGCCCUUAUAAUAAAGGAAAGGGGGGAAUGCAUCACCCAAACAGGUCUGUGAAUUACAAAGCAAAUGCAGGGUGCUGGGAGGAGGGACAUGAGAAGUUACAAUCAAGAAGCAGGUUUAAUAGUAUUACAGAUUAUUGUUUGCAGAAGGAGAAGAAUCAUAGUUCGAAAACAGCCAAUGCCGAAGGUGCUUCCCUGGCUUAUGGUAAUUCUAUUGGAUCUUUGGCUGCUGAGAGAAACAGGAACAGUAACGGCGAAAUCACUUAUGCAAUUAGGAAGGAUCAAUAUAAUAGUCCUGAGUUCCAUACCAGAUACGAUCAUGCAUUUUUCUUUGUCAUCAAAUCUUACAGCGAAGAUGAUAUUCACAAGAGCAUCAAGUACAAUGUUUGGGCUAGUACCCCUAAUGGUAAUAAGAAGCUUGACAGUGCUUAUCAAGAGGCACAAGCUAGGAUUACUGAGAAAGUCACCCGAUGUCCUGUGUUUCUUUUCUUUUCGGUUAAUGCAAGUGGUCAGUUCUGUGGACUUGCUGAGAUGACAGGACGAGUCAAUUUUAGUAAGGAUAUGGAUUUCUGGCAACAGAACAAGUGGAAUGGUUAUUUCCCUGUGAGGUGGCAUAUCAUUAAAGAUAUUCCAAAUCCACAAUUAAGACAUAUAAUACUUGAGAAUAAUGACAACAAGCCGGUAACGAAUAGCAGAGACACACAAGAGUUGAGGUUUCCUCAAGGAUUUGGAAUGUUGAACAUCUUUAAGAACUAUGCGGCAAAAACAUCUAUAUUGGAUGACUUUGAUUUUUAUGAAAACCGCCAGAGGGUGAUGCUAGAGAAGAAGUCUAGGUUAACGAAGUUCCAUCUUGAUCAGCAUGUAGAUAAGUCAACUGCUGGCUUGAAGUCGAUGGACAUAUCCAUUGCUCAUACUACCGAAGAAUUUCCAGUCAACGACAACAUGAAGGAAUGAAGAUAAAAGUGACUGAUAUGUAUUAGUUAACGAAAGCGUUUGCAAGGUUCUUUAGGUGUAUGGAGCUGCUACUGGAAUAAAAUUGCACCUUGAUGGAAAUAAAAGAGAGCAGAUGCACAAGGAAAGGAUCGAAUCCAGUUGGAUGGUGGCGCAUGAGGUGAGAUAAGGAUUCAAUGACUGUGGAAGAAAUGUUAUUCUGCGUACGAAGCACCCCCAUUGAUUGUAAUGUUCCGAAAUUCUUGUUCUUUUAUUAUUGAUAUGAAACUUGGGAUCAUUUGUUUUUCUGUUCAAAGUCUCCUAGUGGGUGAAGAUGGCAUACACCCGAGUUUGGAUGUUGAGAGGGGUUAGUUGCAGCAGGUUAUGGUUGGUUUUCUUUCUUUGGGAGUAUUUGGAACCGUUGUUAUUCGAGUGAUCAAGAGAAGAAUCAUAUUUGAACAUGGUAUUCUUCAAGGUGUUGUAAUAAAAUUGCCACAUGCCAGCCUAAAGCAUGCUUAUGGAGUUCAAUCAAUUGCCUUCACAUUGUUUCCUA